CUGAGCCUGGGCUCGUCCCACUGCGCCUGCGUCCAGCGGCACGCCGACACUAGACAAACAGAGCUAUUGUUAGCCGAGAAUCAGCCAGCAGGUUGUGUCAGAGUUUAUCCCAUACUCGCCACCACCUACCUGUUGAAUAUUCACACCAUUUAUUUAGCAAGCAGCGAAGGCCGAGACGCUGUCGAAGAACAUAAAUCCAAGCUGUGGGGCAGGUGAGGAGAGGAAAAGUGUGUCGCGGAAGCAAGGAAAGAAGGAAAUAAAUAAGGACGACCAUUGGGCUUGGAACUCAACAGAUUAACUACUUCAAUGGUAUAACAGCGGCUCGGACUUUUUAAUUCCAACGUCGAAAAACACACGAAAGCAUCAAUUAAAAUGCCGUUGGGACCAUGGAGGAAGAAAAACAAAUCGACGAAGGAGCAUUUGGUGGAGAACGAGGAGGUCGGCGGCGGACACACAGGUGCAGCUGGGAGCUUGGCUAAAUCCGCCGUGAACGGAGCAGGGCUGCCGCCUCCACCUGCAAAUCUGCGGCCCAAACUGGUCUUCCACACGCAGCUGGCGCACGGAAGCCCCACCGGCAGGAUCGAGGGAUUCUCCAACGUGAAGGAGUUGUACUCGAAAAUUGCAGACGCGUUUAAUAUAAGCCCACCUGAGAUCCUGUUCUGCACCCUCAACACCCACAAGAUUGACAUGGACAAGCUGCUGGGGGGCCAGAUCGGCCUCGAGGAUUUUAUCUUCGCCCACAUUAGAGGGAUCAAGAAGGAGGUGGAAAUUUAUAAAUCUGAAGAUGCCCUGGGCCUCACCAUCACUGACAAUGGAGUGGGAUACGCUUUCAUAAAGCGUAUAAAAGAGGGCAGUGUCGUGGACGGGGUGAAGGUGAUCUGUGUGGGCGACCACGUAGAGUGCAUUAACGGACGUAACGUGGUCGGGAUACGGCAUUAUGAGGUCGCCCGCAUGCUUAAAGAGCUGCCCAAAGACAAGUCCUUCACCCUCAAACUGGUCGAGCCGAUGAAGGCCUUUGAAAUGCUUGAGCCCAGGUCAAAAGGCGCCAAACCUCCCAGUGAUAACAAGAUCGGCACAGGGAGGGGGACUCUGAGACUUCGCUCCAAGGGUCCAGCUACUGUAGAAGAGGAGCCAACAGAAUUUGAGGAGAAGGCAGUAAAGAAAGUGGACGACCUCCUGGAGAGCUACAUGGGCAUCAGAGACACUGAACUUGCUGCUACGAUGGUCGAGGUCGGCCGUGACAAGAAGAACCCGGAUGAAUUUGCCAUGGCGUUAGAUGAGACCCUCGGAGACUUUGCCUUUCCCGAUGAGUUUGUCUUCGAUGUCUGGGGGGCUAUCGGAGACGCCAAGCAGGGAAGAUUUUAAGUUUGCUCCUGCCUACACACACACACACACACACACACACUUCUUCCCCAACUCGCCUCUUAAUAUCCUCAGAAGCAAACUGGACAAACUUCAACCAGCACAAACUUUCUUAGGCAUAGCUUUGCACUUGGAUGCACCUAAAGUGUCCACUUCAGUCAAGUCGGUUACCAUAUGAAAUUGGAUGUGUUAUCCAUGAUAUUCCAACACCGGACCUGUCUCCUGCAUGCUGAAGAGUUGCUGAUUCAUUCCUGAUUUUGAUUGUACACCCCCCCUCACUCCGAGAGACAUGAUCGCUCCAGCUGCAUAUUGUUCUUCUUGUCAGAACAGCAUACAUAGUCAACAGUGGUCAGUUACACUGGUUAUGAAAUGGUAUGUGCACACUUUAAAUCGCUAAAUCGUUUUAAUCACACUUUAUAGCUGUGUCAUUUUGAAUAUGCAGAUGUAUCACACGGCUUUUUAUAGACUUUUUUUUUUUUUUUUUUAUAUGUGAAACUGUUGCUGAUUUUAUAGCAGCAGCAGCAUUGUGUAAUUAGUGUAAUUAUAGUCAUUGUAGCAAUAAUUCUCUCUCAAGCUACUUUUUUUUUCUCUUUUUAUCUCCCUCCCAUCUUCGGCCACGUUCACUUUGUUUGUUUACUUUGUGAUUUUCUUAAACUCUACUUUGUGCCCUUACACACCUCAGCUUGAGCCCUUCGUCCAUCUGUCAAUAGACUGAGCAUUACAAAGAACAGAGGGCUUUAUCUUUAAUUGCCUUUAGCCAAGUUUGAUGACCUGUACUAACAACAUUCCUUAUGUUUCUCAUGUUGUUUUAGUCCGUUAACACUGUUAACAUGUCAUGAAAUGAGGCUUACUUAGAGAGGCAUGCUUAUUUUUUCCCUGUAAUUUAUUUUAUUAUGAAAAAUCAUAUGCUGUAAGACAUUUUUACACUGAGAUAUGGCUCUGUAUGAAAGAAAGUUCUUUCCUAAAUAAGCCAUUUUGAAGGUUGUCUGGAAUGGGAUCAAUUGCAAUCCAAUGUCUUAAAUAAAUGCACUCGCAUUAAUGUAACUGCACUAUUUAAAUCACUGUCAAACUGAAUUUAAAUAGUGACUUGAUUAGUGUCAUCUACUGAUGUUAACUGUUGUAGCAGUUGCAUAUCGUUUGACAAACCAUAAGGGAUCACUAUUGUUGGAUAGACAAUAAAAUUUGAUAUACUGUUA